AUGACCGCGGCCAAGAGGCUGCUCAAGGUCCUGGGCAUCUCCGGCGCCUUCGUGCUGGGGGCCCUCAUUUUCCUUCAAAUGACCCUGCAACAGGGGGGCGUGCGCGUUGGCCCGUCGGCAGCCACCCACAUGCACGGGCCGCCGAUGCCCGGAGGCUCGGGCGUCACAUUGGAUGACAUCGUUCGCGGUAGGCCCGGGGCUUCGGUGGGCCCGGGCCCGGGAGCCCCGCAGUCACAGCCCCACGGCGGCCCCUCCACCAGUGACACCCUCUACUUUGGAGCACAUAGAUAUGGCUCGAACCGGGCGGCCGAACUCCAGCGCGAAAUGCAGUAUACUGCGGGCUUCCUCCGGGACUCGGCCGCCAAGCCCUAUCACAUCCAACGGCCGGAGUCGCAUCCCGUCCCGCCUGGGGGCCUGGUGUCCGAGGGUGAUCGGCUCUUGGACUUGGAUGGACUCGUGGGUGAUCCACUGGACCAGGACUUCGAUCUGCCCGGAGGUGGGAGGCUUUUCAUGGACAGCGAAGAUCCGAGCAAUGCCCCCCUGAUUCCGGAACCCACGGGCGGAACACCCUCUCCCAGCAGCCCGACUGGCGAGUCCAGCGAGCAUGCGGUCCUGCCGAACCCGGGGACCGGAGGCCAGGCCCAGGACAUUGGCCUCUCGCCGAUUGCCUAUGGCCCGCUGAUUCCGCACUUCGUGUACCAGCCCUUCCCGGAGGCCCUGCGCCGGGGGGAGCCCCUGUAUGAGGCCCAUCGCGGCACAUCGACCCUAUACCACCCGACGCCGCGGAAUCUGCGCAACUACCCCGUCGAGGCCGGGUCCAAUGUGGGCAUCUCUCUGCGCCGCAUCCAUGAGGACUAUUGCAUGGGGGAUCCCCUGGAGGCGGAUAGCUGCCAGCAAUACUUGGCGCUGGUCCCUCGGGCCGAUUCCUCCCUCGGGCACUACUUCUUCGAGAUUCACUCGAUGGUGAUAUUGGCCAAGAAGAACAAUGUCACCCCACUGGCGCACCCGAUCAUGCCAGCCGGGUUGACCUCGCCGGAGAUGUACGAGCUCGAUCGCUUUUUCGGCUUGGCCGAGGGAGAAGCCGAUCCGCAGCGGGCCCUCAAUGUCAAGCACUAUGGCGACAUUUGCCUGGCUGGCUUCCGGGGGAAGGAGUGUCGCUCCUUCCUGCCCUGUUUGGAGGUUGUUGGAGCCUCGGUGGAUCCCCAUGCUGCCAAUGCCGUCGAGCGGACUCUCGCGGAUCAUCGGCGCGAGUGUGGAGCUGUUCUCCAUCUCACAGGUCCGGCGGACGGCCUGCUGCUGGACAGCUCCGAGGGCCGGGAGCGGGCAUACCUGCGUGGCCUUGGGUGGGAGGAAUUCCGCCAGAGGUUCCGCGCCGCGCGGCGCCGGUGGCCCAUCUCCGUGCAGUUUGACCGUCACAGUGCCAGCUCGAAGGAGACUCUCUUUGUGGCCUUCCACCUGCGAGCUCUUCGACCUCAGGAAUCUGUCGACCAGAUCAAGUCGGGGGAGAACCCCCUCAUUGGUGGACUGGUCCGCCUUAUUGAGCAUGUCCAAGCCGAGCUGCAUUUGGCCAAUGUGCCAGGGCUUCCUGUCAAGUAUUAUGUCUUUUCCGAGGCGCCGGCGGUGCGUCUGUCGCCUCCUCUCUUGCCCUUCUCUGGGACCCCGAGCGAGAAGACCCAGGGGCAAAUGUGUGCCUUUGAAUGGGGCCCUUAUUUACUGACACUUUGGAUGUACACCCGGGUGGGGGUGGGGGUGAUCGCGGUGGCGAUCGCGGCCGUGCUGUGGUCGUGACCCUGUGCGAACAGAUCGAGAUGAUUGAGUUGCGCUCGCGCGCGCGCGAGCUCAAUAUCGAGGUGGUUUCCUCGCCCGGGCGAUUGCUGCCGGUUCUGAUCCACCUGUACUCGGCCGACGUCCUCAUCAUGAGCACCAGCGCCGAGAGCGAGUUGAUCGCGCGCUUGCGACCGACAACCGUGGUGGGGCCGGCCGAAGCGCUGCCAUCCAUCGAUGGAACCGGUGUCCCAGACGCCGAGGGCGGCCGGACCCUCGGCGGCCCGGGGAUCAUCCUUUGGCCCGAGACACGAGUCGACACACCGGAUGCGGACGGCUCGCGCCGGCCGGGUAUCAAUGCCCGCUUCUAUGAUCCACAUGGCUCGGCCGGGCUCUGGCAACGUCCGGAGGGCAGCCAUGUGGUGGCCUAUAGCCCGGGAACGGGCAAGACCACCGAGCCGGAUCUCCUCCGGGAGCGCCUGUCUCAGCUGGUGGCCGACCGCGCAAGCUCCCGAGAGCGGGACACUAGUGCCCCGGCGGAAGGCGAGAAGCAGGCUCCGACCGGUGAGCAGCCCAUGAAGAGCGACCACCCUGUGCAGGAAGAGGAGCAGGCCGCAUCGUCGUCGGUGUCGCAGCCGGCCCCCGAAGUUGCGGACAAGGAUCACCCGGCGGAUGCCGGCCAGGCGGCCGGCGACGAGAGCGUCGAGGGAAGGCCCAAGCCCGGCACGGCGAGCGCCUCGGCCACUGAAGAGAGUGUGGCACGCGGGUCGUCACACCCGGAGUCGGUCGAGGAAGUGCCACGGCCGGUGGAGGACUUCGACUUAAAGGGGGCCCAGUCGAAUACCGAUGGCGAGGCCGAUCAAUCGAAGGAGGCGGAUCGGCUGGAUGGCCCGAACAUGGACCCGGCUUCCCUCGGGGAGAAUGGCGUCGAAGGGGAGAAGGUCAACGAGCAACAGGGCCGCGAAGAGCCCACCGCACCGGCCUUGGUGCCUGUCCGUGUAGAUCCCCUGUUUGGCGGCUCCUCCGACGACUACUAUUACUGAUUGCCCGCUUGUCCCGGAGGGAACACAGGGGCGAAGA